CUCUUCCCGCCCCCUCCCGCCCCGCACGCCCCUCUCGAGCACCUACUUUCUUUGUGACUGGUGCGCGCCCUGGUCACUCAGUGCGGCGGGAAGAGGUCGUCGACGCCGGCUCCUGGCGGAGCGCGGGGAGGAGGGAGGUGUCGGUGUCAGCGGCGGCGUAGUCGACGGCGGCCCCGGCCAUGGAAGAGACGCAGCCGCUUCCGCAGUCCGAGCUGCCGUUAUGCGACAGCCUCAUCAUCUGGCUGCAGACAUUCAAUACUGCCGCACCUUGUCAAGAUGUCAAACAGCUGACUAAUGGAGUUGCCAUGGCACAAGUUCUUCAUCAAAUAGAUGUAGCUUGGUUCGAUGAAUCUUGGUUAAGCCGAAUUAAAGAAGAUACGGGUGACAACUGGAGAAUAAAGGCUAGUAAUUUAAAGAAGGUACUUCAAGGAAUUAUGAGUUAUUACAAUGAGUUUUUGGGGCAGCAGAUUUCUGAAGAACUCAUCCCUGAUUUGAACCAAAUAACUGAAUGUUCAGAUUCUGUGGAGCUAGGGAGGUUGCUCCAGCUUAUUUUAGGUUGUGCCGUCAAUUGUGAAAAGAAGCAAGAACAUAUUCAAAAUAUAAUGACAUUGGAAGAGUCUGUUCAACAUGUGGUCAUGACUGCUAUUCAAGAGUUGAUGAGUACAGAAAUAGUGAGCUGUCCCACAAAUGAUGCUGUCGGAGAAUUAGAGCAACAGCUUAAAAGGGCCUUGGAAGAACUUCAAGAAGCACUAGCGGAAAAGGAAGAACUGAGGCAAAGGUGCCAAGAACUGGAUAUGCAGGUGACUGCACUUCAAGAUGAAAAGAACUCAUUAGUUUCUGAGAAUGAGAUGAUGAAUGAAAAACUUGACCAGUUGGAUGGAUCUUUUGAUGAUCCAAAUACAAUGGUUGCAAAAAAGUAUUUUCAUGCACAGUUACAACUAGAACAAUUACAGGAAGAAAACUUCAGGCUUGAAGCUGCGAAAGAUGAUUAUCGUGUUCACUGUGAAGAACUUGAAAAGCAACUAAUUGAAUUUCAACAUAGGAAUGAUGAACUGACUAGUCUUGCUGAAGAAACAAGAGCCCUGAAAGAUGAAAUAGAUGUCCUUAGGGCUACCUCUGAUAAAGCUAAUAAACUAGAAUCAACGGUCGAGAUGUAUCGUCAGAAAUUACAAGAUCUGAAUGACCUUCGCAAGCAGGUGAAAACUUUACAAGAAACAAACAUGAUGUAUAUGCAUAACACAGUCAGCUUAGAAGAAGAAUUAAAGAAGGCAAAUGCAGCACGUACACAAUUAGAAACGUACAAGAGGCAGGUUCAAGAUCUUCACAAUAAACUUUCCUCUGAAUCCAAAAGGGCAGAUACACUAGCAUUUGAAAUGAAGCGGCUUGAAGAAAAACACGAAGCUUUACUUAAGGAAAAAGAGAGACUAAUAGAACAACGUGAUACUCUGAAAGAAACGAAUGAAGAGCUUCGAUGUUCACAAGUACAGCAAGAUCAUCUAAACCAAACAGAUGCAUCUGCUACAAAAAGUUUUGAGAAUCUUGCUGCUGAGAUUAUGCCCGUGGAAUACAGGGAAGUAUUUAUUCGACUGCAACAUGAAAAUAAGAUGCUUCGCUUACAACAGGAAGGUACUGAGAAUGAACGUAUUGAGGAACUCCAGGAACAGCUCGAACAGAAGCACCGCAAGAUGAAUGAACUGGAAACCGAGCAAAGGCUGAGCAAAGAGCGCAUCCGAGAAUUGCAGCAGCAGAUUGAGGACCUCCAGAAAUCUUUACAGGAACAAGGGUCCAAGUCUGAAGGAGAAAGUUCCAGCAAACUAAAGCAGAAGUUGGAAGCUCAUAUGGAAAAACUAACUGAGGUCCAGGAAGAAUUACAGAAGAAACAAGAACUCAUUGAAGAUCUUCAGCCAGAUGUAAACCAGAAUGUGCAAAAGAUCAAUGAACUUGAAGCUGCUCUUCAGAAGAAAGAUGAAGAUAUGAAAGCAAUGGAGGAAAGAUAUAAAAUGUACUUGGAGAAAGCAAGGAAUGUAAUAAAAACUUUAGAUCCCAAACUAAAUCCAGCAUCAGCUGAAAUAAUGCUACUUAGAAAGCAGUUGGCAGAGAAAGAGAGAAGAAUUGAGAUUCUGGAGAGUGAAUGUAAAGUAGCAAAAUUCCGUGAUUAUGAAGAAAAACUCAUUGUUUCUGCCUGGUACAAUAAGAGUCUAGCGUUCCAGAAGCUGGGGAUGGAAUCUAGGCUCGUGAGCGGCAGUGGUGCCUGCAAAGACCCUGGUGCGUGCGCUCCCGCACGGUCUUUCCUGGCACAGCAACGGCACAUCACCAACACCAGAAGAAAUCUCUCUGUUAAAGUUCCUGCUACAACACCUGAUUAAACUACAGAAGAAAACAUAAACAGAAGUGCCCUUAAAAUAUUUUGUAUCCUUCAAUUAACUGCCAGAUUGAAAAAGAAAUUUAUGACGCUGGAUAUCAGCUAUUUUAAAAUUAACAUGCACAAAAUUAAUUUUGUCAGCUGACUUGGAAAGCAAAAUAUAGAGUCAGCUAUUUCUCUAAGGGAGUAUAUUUGAGUAAUUGGAAGAUGUAAUUAGGCACACAUCUCAAACUUUUGUCUUCUGAGUGUUAUAAUUUCAAAUUGACUUUGUAUAUUUUAAUGUUUUCACUUGUACCAGUAACUUGGUUAAUUUGCAAUGUAUAAUCAGUAAUAAGUAAUUUACAAAUAUAUCUAUAUUUGCUUUAUUGCGUGGGUCCAUAUAAAAAUAGUCUUGAGUAGGUACAUGGAGAACUAUACAAGAGUUACGCUUUUUGACUCGAUGCAUAGAAGGUUUUACCUCUAUCCUCAAAUCUGUCAUCAGAUGGGUCUCUUUUAUCAUGUGAUGGAUGUUAUAACAUUUGGAAGAUUGACUAUUGAAAUGACUUUUUGCCAUAGUAAAAGUGACUAACUGGAGAUUUUGCAGAUUCAGGAAACUUCCUAGUUCUCAUAUGUACCUACUAUAAACAAGGGCUUCUGUACAGCAUGGUUGAAAUGUUAAGGAUAUGGAAAUAAGCUGACUUUUAUAAGUGAUUUUUCUGAUGGGAAGUAAGGCAAAAAAUAUAAUUUGUGUGAAAUGUCCACACAUGUUUUAAUAUAAUGAUCAUAAUUAUUGCUUUUAAGCAUAAAAUUAUCAGGGCAUUUACUAAAAAACAUGCCAUAAUAGUUUUU